AUGCAGUUUUCAAAUGAGUACCUCUUUAGUUCCUUUUUCUUUGGAGAAUUAUCCGUGCCAUCCUGGAAGAGAAGAAAGAAGGAGAAGUAACUGGACAUCACCACCAAGAUUCUGACCACCAACAACGGCUCAGACAAAAUGCUGCUGGAGGGAGACAUAGUGCUUCCUAAAAACAGAAAUGCCAUGAAGUGCUGGUACAACAGCUGCCUGUGGAGCAAAGCCUCCAAUGGCUACGUGGUGGUUCCUUAUGUGAUUGGUCGAGAGUUCACCAGCUAUGAGAGGCAGACCAUCAAGACCAGCAUGAGGGCCUUCGCCAGCAGUACCUGCGUUCACUUCCAGCAACGUACCAACAAGCGAGAUUCAGCUCUCACUCAACAAGCAGGCAUCUACAGCGGGAUCGCCAUGCACGAGCUCAACCACGCUCUGGGCUUCCAGCACGAGCAGAACAGGAGCGACCGCGACUCCUACAUCAGGAUCAACUGGCAGAACAUCAUCCCCGACACCGCCUACAACUUCAAUAAGCACGACACCAGCAACCUGAACACUCCCUACGACUUCUUCUCCAUGAUGCACUACGGAAGAGACGCCUUCGCCAUCGCUUAUGGACUGGACACCAUCACCCCCAUCUCCAACGCCAGAGUCCAGGUAGGCCAGAGACGGGGACUGUCCAACUGGGACGUCUCAAGGAUCACAUGCAAUAAGAUGUACAACUGCUAA